AUGACUUCAAUGGAAUUGGGUUCCCAAUCUAGGACAGAGGCAUCCUGGUCUACUAAUGUAUCCAAUCUGUUCCUAGAGUGCCUAAUAAAACAACAUAAGAGUGGGAGGUCAGGAAACAAUGGUUUGAAGAAAGAACAAUGGGUGGAUAUUGUAAAAAUCAUAAAAGAACGUUGCAACAUGACAUAUGAAGUGGAACAAUUAAGAAAUCAUUACAGAGUUUGGAAAGCAAGGAUUAAAGCAUUAGGUGACCUACAGAAGCAGAGUGGGUUGGGUUGGAACUCAGUGGACAACAAGUUCGAUGUACCCCAACAUGUCUGGAAUGAAUUUAAGAAAAAGGAAGAAAAAUUUUGGAGAGAGCAUAGAGUGCUUCAACUGCAUUUGGAUGUUGCAGUUUGGAUGGGGAAUGAGAUUGCCACGGGGAAUGAUUCUUUUCACCCAUUUGAUGCACUUUAUGAUGAUAAUAUUGAUUCUGUGCCAAUUGAUGGUUUAGACAACAUGGACUUUGAUGCUUUUGAAGACAGUUAUGUCCACCCAAAUGCCAGUGGAAUUCCAGUGGGAAGUAGCAAUCGUAGUGGUCGUAGGCCACGUUCAGAUGCCACAAGUGGCAAACCACCGAAGAAGAAAAAAGGGGGAGCUGAUAAGGUAGCUAGUCCUUUAAAGGCAAUAGCUGAAGCAAUGAAGGAAAUGGUUAAGAAGGACCCAGAAGCUGAUUUUUGUAGCAAUCUGUUUGCUACAAUCAAUGCAAUUUCAGGCAAGAUUUUACCAAGAAAUGUGCUGCCAAAUGAUUUUUUCAAGACAGCAAGACCUUAG